UAUGUAUCAUCACAGCAUCUCAGAGCCCAGCUCUUCCUCAGACCUAACGGAACAUGACGAGAACGACCUAAUUAAGAUGUUCAAACUGAUGAACUCAAUCAGUGGUAAACCCGUCGAUCUGAAGGAUCUAAAACUGAGGUUUUUGAGCAACGGGAUGAAAGUUUCGGAGAGCGACUUGGCUUAUCUGAUGAAGGUUUUGGAUGAAGAGCUGUACAAGCCAGUCAAGUUUAAGAAGUUCAAGCGAAUACUCCGGCCGUACUUUAAUCAGGAACAUUUAUACUCUGAUAUAAAAGAGAGCUGGGAUUUGUUUCCCAAAGAUGCAGAAGGGACAAUAACUCAGGACACGUUGCGUGGUAUUCUCAGUGACCAGGGGAUAGAGAUUACUAAGGAGGAUCUGCAGAGCAUGUUCAAUCUCAUGGAUAAGAAUAAGGACGGAAAGUUAGAUCUCAAGGACUUUGCACAGUAUCAGGACUGUUGAAAUUGUGUUGGGGACAAUAUUCUGAAAGCACGUAAUCGAUAAAGUUUUUGUACGUCCUCAGUAAGAUCUAAAAACUUGCCUUGCCCUACAAUAUUUGGAUAUUAUAAUAUGUUCGAUGAACUAUUUACUAAUAUUAUGCAGUAACCAUAAUAUAUAAUCCAACGAAUUUGAAGAAUAGUUAUUCUCAGAACAGCAAUAAUAUGUUCGAAUAAUUUAUUUAAUUUACUUGGUUCGUCUCUCCAAGAUCAGCCUGCUUCUCCAUUUUACGGUGAAGCCUAAUUUCUAGUUUUUAUAAAUACAAUGCAAGUGCAUGUUUACUAAUUUUACUUAACAACUCAAUAGUCUAAGUCACUAUACCCGUAGUAUAUUCCUUGGUAAUAGAAUAACUUUAAAGUUUUUCAA